AUGGACGACAGGUCAACUGUGUCCACACCUCGAGCGAAUCGUGAAGGAAGACCAUUACGUCGCCGUGGUGUUUCGUUUAAUGUUUUACCAUUGCGCGACGAACCACCACCAGUAGCACCGUCUCCAACACCAAUUCUCGUUGAUUAUGCAUCGAUUCACGAGCGUACACAACUAAAUCUAAGUAAUUUUCUUCAUUCCGAUAAUCCAAUCACUUUUCUACUAUUCACAUUUUGGCGUACUAUCUGUUUAUUUGGCCAAUUGUUUAUUCUUCCAUUUAUGAUCAUCAAAUAUCUCUAUUUACUCAUGUUAAAAGUUUAUGGUGUACGCCGUGCAACGAAAUCUACGACUACAAGUGAUCUUUUUUCUAUCUCGUCAUCGUCUCAAAGCUCCGCAUCACAACAAAAACCUAUUGUUUGGAUCUUAACAGUGAUUGAUUACAUUAUUAUUCAAAUAUCGAGAUUACCCGAACACGCUCGACAUCUGAUCAAUUCGAUACGGAAACACAUCGACGGGACGGUUUCAAAGUCUUUCAAUCUGAUUGAUUCGUGUACGAGUCACCAACUGACAAGAACGUACUCGAUGUUUAAACGUUUAUUAUGGGAAAAAUCCACAGAUUUCCAUUCGAAAACAAUGAAAUAA